UCGGCAUACUUACAUUAAUGCUGCAUGCAGGGGCUGUUGAAAGAGACGUUGGAGAAGCACCCCCAAGAGCAAAUGAAAGAGCAGCGAGAGUCAGUGACCAGCUUUCCGUCAUCACUACGCUUGGAAAGUGUGUCUGCCUCCAACGACACAACGCAGUGCAGCUUCUGUAAGUCAUACCUAGACUACGUCGAGAGGUGCCUGAUGAACAGAAGUGCUGCGCAGGUAAUGUACCGGGUGAGCGUGGUGUGCGAGUUUUUCUACACCACGAUAGAAGAACCCUGCCGCCUGGCCGUGGACAAAAACGCUAACAUCAUCUAUGCCGGCCUCAAGUAUCACAGUGACCCUGCCCUGCUUUGUGGCCUUAUGACGCUCUGCCCGCAGAUAUCCACUACACAUUGGCAAAAACUUUCUGGAGAGCCUUCAUCGAAAGGUUGUGACUUCAACCCAGCGAUUGAACCAUAACUUGUUAGAUGUCCCAGUGCUAUAUACGAUGAGACGAAUCGAAAACUCCUCUACAAAAGAUGAUGAAACUAUUCAUCGCUAAUCGCAUAAAUCACGUUCCAAUCACACGCUCCAGAGGCGUGCAAUUGAUUUGGAAAUCCAAUGAAUGCAGAGGAUCGAGUAAACUCGGUGUCACCAUUUUAUACGGCGUAUAGUCGCAUACAUAAUAAAAUGAGUUAUCCAACUA